CGAUCAGUUUCUGAAAUUACGUUGCCUUACAGAAAUAUUUUCAAGGAGUUUCCUUUCUUCAACUUGGUUCAGUCUCGUGUCAUGAAUGACAUUCUGUACACAAACAGACCUGUAGUGGUUUGUGCUCCGACUGGCUCUGGAAAGACUGUUAUUUUUGAGCUGGCCAUCAUUCGUCUCCUAAUGGAAUGCCAAGGACCCUGCUGCAAUGCGAAAGUGAUCUAUAUGGCCCCCAUCAAGGCACUGUGUCGGGAGAAAUUCGAAGACUGGCAGAACAAGUUCGGAGCACUGGGCAUUCAGUGCAAAGAGCUGACCGGAGACACGGAUGUCGAUGACUUUUUUGAGAUACAAAAUGCCCAAAUAAUAUUGACAACGCCGGAGAAAUGGGACAGCACGACAAGGCAGUGGCACGACAGGUCUCUCGUGCAGCUCGUGAGGCUGUUUCUGAUUGAUGAGGUGCACACAGUGGGGGAUGAGUCACGUGGUGCCACCUUGGAGGCGGUGGUCAGCAGAAUGAAGACGCUUCACAAUCUUGUCCCUCCAACCUCCACGAAGGACGCACUUCAGCCACCGCAUGCCUGUGCCGGAGUGCGGAUCGUCGCCCUGUCAGCCACCAUUCCCAAUAUAGAAGACGUUGCCGAGUGGUUGUCUGAUAGGGAUGGAACGGCCACCUUCAUAAAAUUGGGCGAAAAACAUCGCCCUGUGAAACUUCGCAAAAUCGUGUUGGGAUUUCCUUUCUUUCGUGCGCAGACCGCCUUUAAGUUCGACUUGAUACUCAACUACAAGCUGGCAAGAAUUAUACAAACAUAUUCUGAGCAGAAGCCAACGCUCAUUUUCUGUGCGACCAGAAGAAGUGUCCAGCUGGCUGCAGCCACGCUGGCUAAAGAUGCCAAAUUCAUGAUUGAUUCCCAGCACAGGCAGAGACUGCAGGUGCAUGCUUCUUACCUGAAGGAUAUCAAGUUGAGAGAUUUGCUGACGAAAGGAAUUGCAUACCAUCAUGCAGGAAUGGAAAUGUCUGAUCGAAGAAACAUUGAAGACGUUUUCUUGCGAGGAGAACUGCCAGUACUGUUCUCCACAAGUACACUGGCUAUGGGUGUCAACCUUCCUGCACACCUGGUCAUCGUCAAAUCGACGAUGCACUACACCGGGGGAGGCAUGCUGCAAGAAUAUAGGGACACAGAUAUUCUACAGAUGAUUGGCAGGGCAGGAAGACCGCAGUUUGAUGUUUCAGCCACUGCCGUGAUACUGACAAGAAACGAAUUGAAAGAAAAAUAUGAACAAAUGCUCAGUGGGACCCAGAAACUAGAAAGCAGUUUGCACAUGAAUCUAACAGAGCACCUCAAUGCAGAGAUCGUCUUGCACACGAUCACAGAUGUCAACGUGGCAUUGGAUUGGAUCCGAUCCACAUUCCUGUACGUUCGGGCACUCAAAAACCCAAAGUAUUACAAAUUUGCCGCUGGUCUGAGCAAAGAGGAUAUUGAGAAGAAACUUCUGCAAGAACUAUGCUUAGAGAGUUUGAACUCACUGGCCACUUACAAGCUAAUUUGUAUGCAGAACGGAUAUAUUAAGCCAACAGAUGUCGGUAGAUUGAUGGCUUCCUACUACAUGGCAUUUGACACCAUCAAGCUGUUUGGCACUAUACAGGGAUCGGAAGCCAUCCAAGACCUGGUGACGCUCAUCUCAAGCUGUCGAGAGUACAAAGACAUCGCACUCCGCGUCAAUGAAAAGAAAGCCCUGAACACAUUGAACGUGGCCAAAAAGCACAUCAUACGAUUUCCAAUGCCCGGUAAAAUAAAAACCAGUGAAAUGAAAAUCAACUGUCUCAUUCAAGCUCAGCUGGGAUGUGUCCUCGUGCAAGAUUUUGCGUUGAUACAGGACACUGCGAAAAUCUUCAGGACUGGAAUCAGACUUACAAAAUGUCUCGCCGAAUUUUUGCAACAAAAGGAUAAACGGAAUAACUUCCAGGCCGUGCUGAAUGCAGUCCAACUCACGAAAUGUUUUCGUGCAAAGCUUUGGGAGAAUUCACCUUCCGUUUUAAAACAACUUGAAAAAAUCGGCUUCUCAAUGUCCAGCGCACUGGUCAACGCUGGAUUGACAUCUUUUGAGAAAAUUGCAAACACUCAUGGGCGGGAAAUUGAGUUGAUAGUGAACAGACACCCUCCAUUUGGGAACCAGAUGAAAGACGCCGUUCAGCAUCUUCCCAAGUACCAAGUCAGCAUGGUGCAGGGUCACCGGCACUACAAGGCUGUGGCUGAGGUGAUGAUCACAGUGGUUCUGAAGAACUUUGCGGAGCUGCAGUCCCAGCGCACAGCUCCGGACAGCCACAUCUGCACGCUGCUGAUGGGCAACUCCGACAACAACCUCGUCCACCGGCAAAUCAUCACAGACGACAUGCUGCUGAGAACGGGGAGUUGGAUGAAGAAGCUGGAAGUUGUUCGGCCGGAAAAAAGUGACAAGCUCGACAUCCACCUUCUCAGCUCGACGUACGUUGGUAUGGACAUCCAUCAGAGCUUCACUCCAUCCUACUCGAGCCCACGCACCCCUGGGCUCUAUGGGAAUGAGAGGCAUCUGCAGGCCCAGUCCCUGCAUGCUGCUACCUGUGAGAAACCAAAGACGUCUGUCUCAGCAGCAGGAGCAGCAGCAGCACAAGCAGCCGGCAAUGUGAAGCAACUUGCUGGCUUGGAUGAAUCCAAGAGAGGCUGUCUUCAUAACUGCAAAAACAAACAAUCGUGUGGGCACGAGUGCUGCAAAGGAAAUGUGGCCAGGUCAACGCCGCUGGCGCCUAGCACCUCGAGCGCUCACGUGCGGAGCUACUUGAGUGAACUCAAAAGCAAGAGCGUGAGUCUAACCGGCGUUCCAGAUAACAAAAGGCUCAAGGUUUGCUCUAUAAAGGGGGGAAUCUCAGUGAACAUAUCCAAGUUUGCUUACGCCCCGAAGCCUCAGUGUGGACCGCAUGACGACAGAUGCAGUGGCCCUUCUGAGCUGCUGUCGCCUCAAGGCGAAUUGGCUGUGACUGCUGGUGACAAGAGUGUGGAUGACACGUCGGGGUCCAGAGAGUUGCCAAGGGGGGUGGACAAACUCCGAUCUCCCUUGAGCGUCGCUCAUAUUCCGGUUCCAGCAUUUCAACAUCAAGACGACAGUCGAGUCGACAAGAGGGAUGACAGCCGUAAGAAGAGAUCUUACGACGACAGAAGCUCAGGACUUGAUGUGCAGUGGAAUCUUCCGGAGCGGCGUGUUCGAGCCGCCGUUCUGCCUUGUGUCGCACGGGCCAGUCAACCUCUGCCGACGAAUUCCGAGCGGGUGGCAUGCGCUGAGAAAUCAUGCGGCGGUUCCAAAAGUCGCAUGUUCUUGUCUCCAAGCUCCACUUGUGUUCGACCGAAGGAAGACGCCGAGGACGCAAUGAAGAACUUUCUGGAUAUCUUUAGAGGGAUCUUCUGAGUUGGUCAAUUGAUUUUGAAACGUCUGAUCGCGGUGUUCUAGUAAAAUUGCGUCACUUAUAUUCUUUACGGAUGAUCACAACAGUAAUUUCCGUGCCUGCAACACAACUUGUAUAUCUUCUUGGUUCUUUCGGUAAAGUCACGUAGAAGGGAAGUAGUAAAAUAAUAAAAAUAAAACAUAAUAAAACAAUUCUCACGACGUUUCGGCCACAACGCAAGCAGCCAUCCUCAGGUGAAUAAACAGGUCUGUCGGAAAGACAGCGUCGUGAGAAUUAUUUUAUUAUGUUUUAUUAUUUUAUUAUUUCCCUUCUACGUGACUUUACCGAAAGAACCAAGAAGAUGAAUCCCUGCAGUCACGAAAGCUUUAAAUCGAAAUACAACUUGUAUAGGUCUGGUAACGUGUUUUACAAUGUAGGCUAUCUAAUAAAAACACUUCACGGUUGCUGUUGAAUAUCUAAUCCUCUGAUUGUGUUACCAGCUGCAGUAACAUGUCCUAGAGACGUAAUG